AUGUCGCAUUAUUUUCGUUACUAUGAAAUAUUAGUUACAUUUAUAAACUGCGAGACUCAUGGCGAAAUUAAAGUUAUUGAUAAAAUAAUUGAAUUGGAAGAUACUGAUCUCAGUAUGGGAGCCGGUGGUACCGGUGGGUCAGUUCUAGGAAUUCCUGGGUCAGGAACUGGAGUACUAUCUCAACACUGUGCUAUUUGUGGUGACAGAGCGACAGGAAAACAUUACGGCGCCGCUUCGUGUGACGGCUGCAAAGGAUUUUUCCGGCGAUCGGUCAGAAAAAAUCACUUAUACACUUGCCGAUUUAAUAGAAAUUGCGUUGUAGAUAAAGAUAAAAGAAACCAGUGCAGAUAUUGCAGGCUACGGAAAUGCUUCAAAGCCGGAAUGAAAAAAGAAGCGGUGCAAAAUGAACGCGAUAGAAUAAGCUGCAGAAGACCGAGUUAUGAAGAGCAAACCAGCAAUGGAGGUGGUCUGUCAGUGGUCUCUUUGCUGCAAGCUGAAAUGCUCAGUAGACAAGUCGGGGCGGCCUUAGAGGUCCAACAAUUGGGAAGCCCGAGUAACGAGACUGAUCUCAGUAACAAGCAGAUAGCAAACAUAAAUGACGUGUGCGAUAGUAUGAAACAGCAACUAUUAAUACUCGUUGAGUGGGCCAAGUACAUUCCGGCAUUCAGUGAACUUACUCUUGAUGAUCAAGUGGCACUACUACGAGCCCAUGCCGGGGAGCAUCUUCUUCUAGGCGUUGCAAGACGCAGCAUGCACCUCAAUGAUGUUCUGCUACUUGGCAACAAUUGUAUCAUCACCAAGAGCUGUCCUGUGAUAUCAUUGCCCACAGAUGGACGUAACCAAGACCUGGAUAUCAGCAGAGUCGGCAUACGCAUAAUGGAGGAAUUGGUGAAGCCGCUUAAUGAAGUUCAGAUUGAUGACACCGAAUUUGCUUGCCUAAAAGCUAUCGUAUUUUUUGAUCCAAACGCUAAAGGAUUGAGCGAACCGGCAAGAAUAAAACACCUACGCUACCAAAUCCAAAUAAACCUCGAGGAUUACAUAAGCGACCGGCAAUACGACAGCCGUGGAAGAUUCGGCGAGAUAUUAUUAACGUUACCGGCACUACAGUCUAUUUCAUGGCAGAUGAUUGAGCAAAUUCAAUUUGUGAGGCUAUUCGGAGUCGCGCACAUCGACAGUUUGCUCCAGGAAAUGCUACUUGGUGGCGCGUCUGCAGAAUUGAACGGCGCGUCGACAUCCUUGCCGAUAUCAAACCCCCCGGGAAGUUAUGUAAGUAGCAAUGAAAGCCCCAGUAGCCCUUUGACGCCAGCUAACACCGGGCCUUUGAGUCCUCAAGAUCAUAUGCUGAGUGCGGGCAGUCCUGUCAUGAUUUUACGCGACUUAACUUCCAUUACUUCUCAUGAUGACAAUAAUACCGUCGCGGGGUUUCGACUUUUUAAACAAGAGCCUAGUUUAGAAACAGAGACCAGUUUUUGA